AAUCAUCCGCUACCUUCUUAUUUCGUCUUUUCUCCUCUUCCUUCGCUUACUUUCUUUCUUUUCGUCUCCGAUUUACCCCCUAAAUCCCAACCCCAGUUUUCUACGUUUGAUCCCCUGAAAGGAAACGAUCGUUACGCGGUUACUUCUGGGGUUGACGAUUCGGGGAUUGCUCGAGCGCUCUCGCAGGUACUGUCUAUUGUUAAUGAUAUUCCCGUUAGUUCGAGGAAGUAUGCGAUUGUUCGAUCUUUAGCCGAAAGACUUAUAGAAGAGAAUCGUAGGGCAGAUACCCAUGGUUUGCGUGAAGUUAACCGAUCGGUUUUGUCUUCUGCUUUUUCGAGGACCCUUUGCUGCCUCGAGGCUGCAAUGGUUGAAUCGGGGCAAGAUAGGGUUGGUUUUCUUGAUGGUGCUGGACCUGCUCCGGUUCAGUAUUUGGUGAAAAGGGUUUUAAGGACGGUUCGAUCGGUUGGGGAUGGGGUUUGGUCCAGGGGAGGAGGACACGGUAACGGGAGUGAGGAUGUGAACCGGUCUGGGAAUUCGGCUGAGAAGCUGGCUGCUGAGCUUCUUUGGUUGGCGGAGAAGAUGGUUGCCUGUGGGUUUGUGGAAGAAGCUGUUGAGCGGUGGGCAUCGGCUUCAAAUCUGGCUUCGCUUUCUCUUCUGGCUGAGCCACGGGUUCAGGGUUCCCUGGUUAGGGUUUCGGCGUUCUUGUUCAAACAAGCAAGGGAAAUGGAGCUGGCAGCUGAAGAAACCGGAGAAGGCAACGAGGAGAGCCGGAGGCAAACGAAGAUGAAGAUGCUAAAGUCAUGGUUGCCAUUACUCUGCAGAGCUAGCAAUGGCACUGAUGUGCCGGUGCUCGGCAUCAGCGAAAGAGCUGAGCUAGAGAAGGUCUUGGAAGAGAGCAUAGGAAGGCUAGAACACGAGGAGCAAGAGCAGGUGCUCUCCCUAUGGCUCCACCACUUCGCGUAUUGCCCGUCCUCCGACUGGCCUAACCUCCAUGCCUCGUAUUCUCAGUGGUGUACCGAUUCUCGCAAGCUCUUGCUCCUCCAUUGAAGAUGUGAACCAAAAGAAUCAGCUUGUAUAAUACAAGGAUAGGACUAUUGAUCAUCAUGAUACAAUUAUCCCAUGUAUAACUAUAUUGUUUUGGUCUUGAUUCGAAUAUAUCCAUAA